GGGGGUGUACGGAGGGAGGGGCUUUAAGAGAAAGAAAAAAGGGAAGGUGAAGGAGAAGAAUUCAUUAGACCAAGAGAAAAUACACCAGAAGGCUGCUGGAGAGAAGAUCUCAUUCAAGACGUGAGCAGAAACCAUUCAGACCGCCGUCAAACAGGGUGAAGAUGUUGCUGUGGUCACAGGUCACUUUCCUCCUUCUCCUCUGCGUGAUGGAGUCGGUUCGUGCCACAUCUGCCAGUCCUUCAUCGCUUCGGCCUCCCCUCACACGUGUUCGCAUUAUCGAGGUCGAGGACGACUACGAUGACGUGAAUUCAAAAACGACAAUCACGCCUCAGUUGCCCAGGGUCACCACCUCUGGUGUAAUAUGUGAUUAUGACCCCUGUGUGGUACAAACCACCCCCUGUGAAAAGAUUUCCGCCCAGACGGGUUGCCUCUGUCCUGGGCUGACGGGCCCGGAGGAGAGACCUGGGGCCCCGGAGCUCCGUGAGGUGAAGCUGGGCAGCUCCGGGGAAGUGCUUGUGCAUUGGUGCGCUCCCCGCUCCACCGUCACCCAUUAUGAAGUCACACUGAACGGCGGAAAAGAGCAGCUGAGUUUUGGAGAAAAUUUAAGGAAUGGUGCCAUACCCGGACUGAAAAUCGGGGAGACGGUGUGUGUGGCGGCCAGGAAUCAAGCUGGGCUCAGUGAAAAGUCCUGUGCCCGAUACGAGCCACCACAACCCGACCAAGUCGCCCUGAGCGCAGGGAUCAUCGCGGGGUCUGUCGGAUUCCUGCUGCUGCUUUCGGUGCUCGCCGUUGUACUAUGGAAACGAAGGACGUGUCGAAAGGGCGGGAUGGGAGAAGCCGAGGGCCUCGGCAAUCCUUCAUACACCAGUGAUGGAGCGCUGUGACCAGCAAACAGAUGCAAACAUUUCAAAAGCAUGGAGAGAAUGAAACAAGCUGCAAAAAGACUGAGAUUUGUACUGGUCAAAAGUUUGGAAUAAUUAUGUUUUUGAAAGAAGUCUUUUCUGCUCACCAAGGCUGCAUUUAUUUGGUCAAAAAUACAUUAAAAUUGUGAAAUAUUA